UUUAUGCCAUCUAUCUUUGCCUUAAGGGAGACCAGACUCUGAAAAGAGCAGAAUCUCUAGCUUCAUGACUGUCUUUUUUGUAAAGAGAGAAGUGAAGGAGGUGUGGCUACAGCUCUCGUGAGACAGGUAUGGCGGAAACAGAAGAGGGGGAGGGUUUACCUGCAUGGAGUUAGAGUACACAGCAAUAGAAGCAACACUGCACCUGUUCCUCUUCCCAGACUCUCCCUCUCUUUUACCACCUCUAUUCCAGACAGCCAAACAAGAGGGAGCAGAAAGGGGUCAACAUGGAUCCCAACCAGGCCAGUGGGAAUGACAGAGAGAAUGAAAAGGUGGAGAGAAAAGAGAAGGACAAAGGAAUUAAAAGGAGAAAUAGACUUUUCGUAAGAUACCUGGAAAGGAGGAAGACAGAUACUAUUGUGGAAGAUGACGCUUCCAAAGGUGACAUCAGCAUCGCAACCUUGGUGAGAAGGAGCUAUUCUGACAAGACAGAGUAUAGUGCUAAACUUAAAGAGAAAAUGUCCCCACAUGAUCUCUCUUUAGCCACAUCCCCAGCCAUGGAUCCAGAAGAAAUCCGCCACAGGAAGAUGAUAAAAAGGUCAAAGGUCAUUGAGGAGCUGGUUAGGACAGAGGGAGAUUAUCAGAAGGACUUGGAGCUCUGCAUAAGCGAGGUUCUGCUUCCUCUCAGAGCAGCCCAGGUGGUGGAUGUGGAUCGACUGUUCACCAACAUUGAGUCUGUGUGUGUUGUCUCUGCUGAUCUGCUCCAAAGGCUACAAGAUGCCAUAGCUGACCCUGACCCUGAAACACAACUCAUAGGAGAAGUUUUUAUCCAAGCCAAAGCUGUCAUGGAGGAGGUAUACAAAAUUUACUGCUAUCAUCACGACGAGGCUAAUGCUUCACUCAAGUCUUAUGAAGCACAGGAGGACAUUCAGCAGCAUUUUAGAAGAUGUAUAUCAACACUCAAGAAAAUAUAUGACCUGGAAGGGAAGCCCAAUUUGCUUGACAUGGGCUCUCUGAUCAUUAAACCAGUGCAGCGUGUCAUGAAAUACCCGCUGCUAUUGGCUGAACUGUGGAAUGCCACACCCACGGACCACCCUGACAACAGGCCCUUACAGGAAGCUCUGACCACUGUGAAGAUCAUUAACCUCAACAUUAAUGAGUUUAAGAGGAGGAAAGACAUAGUGCUGAAGUACAAGAGGAGUGACGAUGAAACCUCACUGAGGGUUAAACUCAACAAGUUCAACAUUCAUUCUAUCAGGAAGAAAUCUGACCGCCUGACAAGCUAUUUUAAGAUGCUCACUGGCGUUGAGCCACAGGUGAGAGAUGAAGCGUUUGACAAGGAGGAAAAACUUUUCCGUUGCCUUGAGAAAGCUGUGAGACAGCUAGUGAAAAACAUCAGCUGUUACUUGCUCUAUACCCAGGAGAUGAUAUCCAUUGCUGUUCAAAAUGCACAGGACCUAGAAACUAUAAUGAAGGAUCCAGACAAAAUAGACACCAAUGGCUUUCAGCACAAGAGGAAUGGCAAUGACCCAUACAAACAAUUUAAAGAUCAUAUGGAGCAUCUGGUUCUGGCUCCUCUCUCCAGCCUGCAGGGAAUGUUCGCAUCACCACAGAAGCUGAUACAGAAGCGCUACGAUAAACUGUUGGACUACUGCAGCCAGUUGGAUUCCCGAUCCUCCAAAGAGGAACAGGGCCUGGCCCAACGAGAUUACCAGGCCCUCAAUGCCCAACUGCUCGAUGAGCUGCAAUGUUUCAACCGAGCUGUCAGGACCAUCCUCACCAACUGCUUGAUUUGUAUAGUGAAAUUAAUUAGAAAGCUAAUGGAUGCAGCCCAACCGUCUGUCCACCAGCUACCGGUUCCCUUGUCGAACUUUAGUGAAGUCCAAAAUUCUAUCAUGGAGGAGCUGAACAACCUUGGAUUCUUCAAAGAAAAUUCACAAAAGCUGAUGGAGCGCAAAGUGAGCUUUGAGAAACGGGACAAGAAAAUGGCCCCAGAGAUCCUCAGACAGACAGAGGAGCACAGAGCAUGGCUCCUGGAAGAGUAUGCAGUGGAUCGGCUCUAUCAGCUCAAGCGUAACUGCAAUGCCUGUCAGGAAAAAGACAUCAGCCUGCUGGAGGGGGAGCUGGUGGCCCUGCUGGAAGACAAAGACCCGAUGGGCAGCAGCAGCCGCUGGCUGGUACACACUGGGAUUACGCAGGGCUAUGUGUACUCCUCAUUCCUGAAAGCCUACAACCCCCAGCGAGAGGUGACUGAGAGGCCAGAUGACUUUGACAAUCUGAGUCUGUUUGUCUCGGGCAGCAGGAGCAGUAGUAUGAGGAGCUUCAGUCCGAACAGCACUUCAGACAGUAUGUCCCUUCAGUCUGGACCACAGGAAGAGCCGGACCACUCUGAGGACCAAUAUUUCUAUGCAGUUUAUGCAUUCCAGGCGCGCUGUGAACAAGAGCUCACGCUUCAGGAGUACCAGCAUGUUCGUAUCCUUCAGUUUUCAGACCUCGGUGGUAACAAAGACUGGUGGCUCGCUGAAUCUAAUGGACAACGUGGCUACGUUCCAGCAAACUACCUUGGAAAGAUGUCAUAUGCCUGAAACUAUUUUUUAAUGUCUCUAUUAAUAUUUUUAUUUAAAGGAAGAAAAAUAUGAAUUAUAAAUUAAUUGCUUAAUGAAGGCCAAUACCGCACAAAUAUUUUUGCACUACAUGAUGCUACCAACAGUGUUUACUUGAACUACAUUAAAAAAUGUUAUGGACAACAUGAUGCUAAUUAGAAGAAAAAAAAGUUUAACUAAUUGUAUAUAGUUAUAUUAAUAUAUAUAUAAAAAUCUUAUGUGAUUAUUAAAUUAUUUAUAAUCAUGCAAA